GUGCAGACUGAUGCUCAAGGAGUUGCGCAACACUCCUGACGGAUCAGCGUCAAUUCUGCCAAAACCACCAAGCGCGGCUUCUCAAAACCACACACAUUUCCCCCGCCUACGCACGCAUGGACAUUUCUGAUUGACGCACCUGUGAAGAAGCAGGGCCGCGCGCACACACACACACACACACGCACGCUGCGCAACCGGCGAAACUUAGGCUACUGCUGUCAGGCUGCUUCUAUUUCAGCGGUGGACACGCCGGGCACCAUGAGUCUGUAAGACGCUACAGGUAGCGUCUGCGAUGUCCCACAGCAACAGCCGUCCACAUUAGAGAAGCGGAGACCGGGGACAACAGCCUCGCCUCACACGGAGCACCGGAGCUGUGAAGCGACACCAAGGGGUCAUGCGGGACCGGCUGGAGGACUUGGGGGUCAUUCAGGAGGAGGGGUCGGAGGGGUCGGAGGGGUCGAAGGGCGAGUGGGCGGCAGCCGACGACUCGGACGAUGAGGUGGACGAUGAGGGGGAGCUGAAGCCGCAGGCGGUGGUGUUCGAGGAGGACGCCGAGAUGGAGGAGGUGCUGCAGGAGGCUCAGGCGAUGCGGCGGGAGAUCGGUGAGCUGGGUCUGGACGUGGAGCGCUUGCGUAAGCAGACCUCGAACGCCACGCAGACCGUGCGCCGCCUCAGCACCAUCUACCGCAGCUCCAACGCCAUCGGGGGCGACGUCAAGACGCGCGCUGAGGCCCUCGUACGACGACUCGCCGCAUACGACCAACGGCGGCAGGAGCUGGAGCAGCGUCAGGGCCCCACGGCGGCGGUGGUGCGUAUCGCACGCGCUCAGUACACCUCCAUCAGCCACGCGCUGCGGCAGGCCAUGGCCCAGUACAACGCCGCCGAGCAGGAGCAGAGAGAGUGCUGCCGCAACAGAUUCCAGAGACAGGCCGAGAUCCUGGGGCGAGCCGUCACCAGCGAGGAGGUGGACCAGAUGGUGGCGGAGGGGGGCUGGGGGGCGUUCUCUCAGGAUCUGAACCCUGAGGGCAUGACAGCACGCUGCGCCUUUAAGCAGAUCAAGGAGCGCCACAAGGAGCUCAUCCAGCUGGAGGCACGCAUGAGGGAUGUACACGCUCUCUUCCUAGACCUGGCCAUGAUGGUGGAGGAGCAGGGCCCUAUGAUGAACCAUAUCGAGCAUCACGUGGUCUCCACACACGAGCACCUGCUGCGGGUCAACGAGAGCUUCAAGAUGGCCAUCAAGUACCGCAAGAGGAACCCCUGCAUUAGGAUAUGCUGUGGCUGUUUCCCCUGCUACAAGAACGCCACCGGAUAAACACACACACACACACACACACACACACACACACACACACACACACACACACACACACACACACACACACACACACACACACACACACACACACACACACACACACACACACACACACACAAGAGGAACCCCUGCAUCAGGAUGUGCUGUGGCUGCUUUCCCUGCUACAAGAACGCCACCGGAUAAACACACACACACACACACACACACACACACACACACACACACACACACACACACACACACACAAGAGGAACCCCUGCAUUAGGAUGUGCUGUGGCUGUUUCCCCUGCUACAAGAACGCCACCGGAUAAACACACACACACACACACACACACACACACACACACACACAAGAGAGAAACUCCUGCAUCAGAAUGUGCUGGAAUUCCACCGGACUUGGGAUUGGGUCGUGAAUGAAUGUGUGUGAGUCUAAAUAACGCCAUUAUGUCUUAAUGUGUGUGUGAGUCUGUUUAAAUAAUGUCAUUUUUCUAAAUGUGUGUGUCCUGAGUCAAGCUGCUUCAUGCGUGUGUGUAAGUCUGAGAGCUGGAGGGAGGAGUCUGAAGGAAGUGUGUGUCACGGAACACUGAAUGAAGUGAAGGAAGUGUGUGUGUGUGUGUGUGUGUCUGAACGGCCAAUCAGACGUAUAACUCUGGGGACGACUAAUAACUUAUAAAUAUAUUCAGUUCAAUAGAAUCAACAUGGAUAAGGAAUGUAAAUGAUUGAUGUUUGUAACAGAUAUAAGAUGAAGUGGGAAUGUAUUAUUGAUGUAUGUAAUAAUGUACAAUAAAACUAAGUGAGAUUGUGAGGCAAUUGAAAAUUG